GUCAAGUGUAACAGCACACAGCAGCACGCCGUGCACAGCAGCAGACUGCACAAUCACGGUCGUGUCGUGUACCGGUACUUCAUAAUCGCGAGGACAAGUAUCAGGCGGGAGGAUACAAUGUGAGAAAACUUAUAUGCCGGAUCGAGCAAGAAAGCAGCAAAAAAGGGCGUGAGCGGAAUGUCCGUGGAUGAGAAGCCUGAAGCCCCCAUGUAUGUGUAUGAGUCGACGGUUCAUUGUACCAAUAUCCUCCUCUGCCUCAACGACCAGCGGAAGCAGGACAUCCUGUGCGAUGUGACAGUCCUGGUGGAGGGCAAGGAGUUUCGCGGGCACCGGGCUGUGCUGGCCGCCUGCAGUGAGUAUUUCCUGCAGGUGUUGGGAGGACAGACCGAGAAUGGCUUGGUGGUCACCCUUCCUGAGGAGGUCACUGCUGAAGGCUUCGCCCCAUUGUUGCAGUUUGCCUACACGGCUAAACUGUUACUCAGCAGAGAAAACAUUCAGGAGGUCAUUCGCUGUGCCAAAUUCCUGCGGAUGCACAACCUAGAGGACUCAUGCUUUCGUUUCCUUGAAGCUCAGUUGCGUAUUGAAAAGGACAGCUUGCUGCAAGGCCACAAGGUGGCUGCCGAUGCCAUCAAUUUAGAGGAUGAGAGCAUGCAGUCAGAGGCCGAAAUACCCUCCUCCCCGAGGAUGCAACAAUGUGCUGACGGGCUCUCCUCAUUUCAACCUCCUGGCGAUGAUCGUCUAGCAAUGACAAUACCUAGUAGCUUCACAGAUGGCCGUUUGGACUUUGAUCGAAACAGAGGAUCGGACCUGCCGCGAUGCCCCAAGUACAGGAAAUACCAGUGGGCUUGCAACAAGCACAAUAACGACUUCUCCUCACACAGUGGUACCUCAGGUUUUCCAAGCACAAUAAAAGAGAGCAGCAUGGAUGGGGAAGUAAGCAGUCAGGACAGGCGGACUUUGGCACAAAUCAAAGUCGAACAGCGGGCAGACGAAGAGGCCAUCUCAUUGUGCCUGUCGGGGGAUGAACAGGACUUCCGGGAAAAGGACAAUGUGUCAGCCAUGGAGAUGGAUAAUCCCAGGUCUGUGGAAAGAAUCAAGAGAACCAAGUCCCCUUCCUGCCUCAAAGCCUUCUUCCAGAAAGGAGUAGACCUUCCCAAUCUGCCCAACACAUCACAGCAGCUUUUUGCCAACCUUAACGGCUGCCCCCAGGACAAAGUUAACACUCAGGGAGAAUGUAGAGUUUUUACUGGGAAGCUGGGUCUGUCUUUAAUAUCCCCAAAUGAGAAGGACAGUUUCCCCGCCAGAAUGUCCCUUAAGUCCUCUUCCUGUGAUGAAAUCUGCAAACAGGAAGUUGAGCUGGAUCGUCGAAGUGUCAUAUUUUCCUCAGGAGCCUGCAAUCGUGUCGGAACCCCAGCCCAUUCCUACCCUGGUGGGAAUUCUUUGGAGGUGGAACUCUCCGAGCACAUGCCAAAGGGAAUGUGGCCUGGAGCCAGCCAGUCCCUCCCGACCUCGCAGGCCUUUUGCCCCAGUACCACCUCCACCGACCCCCAACUAUUGUGUCGCCCACGGCCAAACACCAGCUGCCCAGUUCCAAUAAAAGUGUGCCCACGCUCACCACCUUGCGAGACUCGCACCCGGACAUCCAGCUCCUGUUCCUCAUACUCGUAUGCAGAGGAUGGCAGCGGAGGUUCUCCCUGCAGCUUGCCUCAAUUUGAGUUUUCUUCCUCCCCUUGCUCCAACAUGGCCCGGUGUGUCAAUGUGGAUCAACAGGAGCAAAGUGGAGGGGACGCCCUUUUUAACCAAGUGCAGCCCAAGAUCAAAUGUGAGCAGUCCUACGGCACCAAUUCAAGCGACGAGUCAGGUUCUUUUUCAGAGGGAGACAGCGAGUCCUGCGCUGCACAAGAACAUGGCCAAGAGGUGAAGCUCCCUUUUCCUGUUAAUCAAAUUACAAAUCUGCCAAGGAAUGACUUCCAGAUGUUGGUGAAAAUGCACAAACUGACCUCAGAGCAGCUGGAGUUCAUCCACGAUGUGAGGCGAAGAAGCAAGAACCGUAUCGCUGCACAACGCUGCCGCAAGAGAAAGCUCGACUGUAUCUUGAACCUUGAGUGUGAGAUUAGAAAACUGGUGUGUGAAAAGGAAAAGCUUCUCACAGAGAGGAACCAGCUGAAGGCUUGUAUGGGAGAGCUAUGGGAGAAUUUCUCAUGUCUGUCGCAAGAGGUGUCCAAGGAUAUCCAGGUGAGCCCUGAACAGGUUCAGUCUUUGCACCACUUCUGUCCGGUUCUACGAGCCACCAAUUCCACUGCCAGCAACAAUGCUGCCUUUGACCCCAAGCCUUCUAGCAGAACCAACACUUCCAGCAUCGACCUCACUGCCCAUUCGGACUUUCCUGAUUCCAACUUCUACGGUUCUCCCGGGCCUUUGGAGAGUGAAUCCGGCCCGGCCGUCAGAAACGGGGCGGACAAAGAUGUGAACAGCCAAGACCCCGUCUCGUACACGGAAAAUCCCAACCAGACGGUAACGGUGGAUUUUUGCCAGGAAAUGACGGAAAAAUGUACAACUGACGAGCAGCCACGGAAGGACUCGACAAAGUAGUUUGUUUGUUUUUCUAUUAUUUAAUUGUACUCUUCCGACAAACCCUGUUUCUCAGGGUUGCUGAGGUGGCCAGCCUCUGCCAGUUUUCACUGAAAAAAACAAUCUUUGUAAGUAUUUAUGUUUUUCAAGAUGUCUUCUUGUUGAAAGGUCAACACAAGAGUUGUCUUAACAGCAGCAAUACUGUUCUCAAGGUAUUCUCCUCCUAUCACAUGUGGGGGAACCUCUCACCAAAUCCUUAACAAUGGUGCUAUUACUGGCCCCAGCAGCAUCUUCUACAGUCACAACAAGUUGAACCUCAUCGGACCAACAGCAAUUACUUUCGUUUUUUAGCAGGAUCUGACCUGCUAGAUCUCGUUCUUUCUCCCGCUCCGACUUCAUCAGUCUUCUCUACCUCUACCUUGUGUUUCUUCUCUCGCUUAUUGCUGUCAGUGACACUUUUCAUCCACAGCUAUUCCAAACUCAGGAAACAGAAUCCUCUGAAUGUUCGACAUAACUGAUGAAGAAUGACAACAAGGCUUUUGUACGCAAAGAUGUCGUGCAGUUAGACAAAAUAGUUGGUAAAAAAAAAAAUGUUUUUAUGCAAAAAAUGUGUCUGGUUUUUGAAUUACUGUACAGGCUGUAAAACGUAACAUUCCGUUUUGCCUAUUUGAGCACCACAUGGAGGUAAAAAAAAAAAAGAUUAUUGGUGGCAGUUACAUAUUGUGUCCCUCUAACCAGCAAUACCGUUGUAUUUGAUUGUGGUGACUUUCAAGUCCAAAUGUACAUACUGUGGAGCUUCUUGGAGUGAUGACUGGCAGGUGCAGCCUUAAAUGUUUUACCGUAAGAAUUUCUGAGAGAAAAUUUUUAUUUUACCAUCUCAUGUAGUGAAUGGAAAGUGUUCCUAAUUCUCAGGAAAAAGAAACCGCUUGUUCACAAGCAUAUAGUACAGAGACACAUUUAUUGGCACAAACACGCUCAAGCUUCGUGUAUGUAGAGAUGUUUUUAGAACCUCUUGUGCUCGACAUAUGAGGCCACAUUUUCAUAUUCUUGAUAAUCGAUUGUAAGCAUCACUAUUCUGAAGUGAUUCUAGACCAGGGGUCGGCAACCCAAAACAUUGAAAGAGCCAUAUUGGACCAAAAAUACAAAAAACAAAUCUGUCUGGAGCUGCAAAAAAUGAAAAGCUGUAUAUAAGUCUUAUAAUGAAGGCAACAUAUGACGUAAGUGUCUAUAUUAGCUAUAUUAGCCUACAAACAAAAUGACUAUGUGUCGCAGGCUGAAACAAAUCUUCGUUAACAGAAAUGUUGAAAUGUAAUAUUUAUUCUACACAUUUUUACAACAUUGGAAAACAUUAGUAUAUCAGAGGCUACUUGUGAGAUAACUCCUGGAAAUGACUGUCUUAGAAUGGCCAAAGGUAUAGAUGUGUGUGUCCAAGUUAAAGGCCUACUGAAACCCACUACUACCGACCACGCAGUCUGAUAGUUUAUAUAUCAAUGAUGAAAUCUUAACAUUGAAACACAUGCCAAUACGGCCGGGUUAACUUAUAAAGUGCAAUUUUAAAAUUCCCGCCACACUUCCGGUUGAAAAACUCAUUUGGAUAUGAUUUAUGCGCGUGACGUCACAAAAUCCCCGGAAGUGGUUGUACCCCAUCGACCCGAUACAAAAACCUCUUGUUUUCUUCGACAAAAUUCCACAGUAUUCUGGACAUCUGUGUUGGUGAAUGUUUUGCAAUUUGUUUAAUGAACAAUGGAGGCUGCAAAGAAGAACGUUGUAGGUGGGAUCAAUCGGUGUAUUAGCGGCUAAGUACAAUACUUACAGCAACACAACAAGGACUACUUACUACGCCUAGCCGAUGCUUGCCGCCAAACCCACGGAUGAAGUCCUUCGUCGCGCCGUCGAUCGCUGGAACGCAGGUGAGCACGGCUGUUGAUGGGAAAAUGAGGGCUGGCGUAGGUGGAGCGCUAAUGUUUUUAUCAUAGUUCUGUGAGGUCUGGUUGCUAAGUUGCUAAAUUAGCCUUAGCGUCGUUAGCAACAGCAUUGUUAAGCCUUACCAGGCUGAGAAUUUUUAACCGUGUAGUUACAUGUACAUGGUUUAAUAGUAUUGUUGAUCUUCUGUCUAUCCUUACAGUCAGGGGUUUAUUUCUUUUGUUUCUAUCUUCAUUUGAGAACGAUGCUAUCACGUUAGCUCAGUAGCUAAGUGUGUCACCGAUGUAUUGUCGUGGAGAUAAAAGUCACUUUAAAUGUCCAUUUCGCGUGCUUGACUCUCAUUUUCAAGAGGAUAUAGUAUCCGAGGUGGUUUAAAAUACAAAUCCGUGAUCCACAAUAGAAAAAGGAGAGAGUGUGGAAUCCAAUGAGCCAGCUUGUACCUAAGUUACGGUCAGAGCGAAAAAAGAUACGUCCAUCACUGCCUCUCUAGUGCUUCACUGUAACGUUCCUCAUCUACGAAUCUUUCAUCCUCGCUCAAAUUAAUGGGGUAAUCGUCGCUUUGUCGCUCCGAAUCUCUCGCUCCAUUGUAAACAACGGGGAAUUGUGAGGAAUACUAGCUCCUGUGACGUCACGCUACUUCCGGUACAGGCAAGGCUUUUUUUUAUCAGCGAGCAAAAGUUGCGAACUUUAUCGUCGAUUUUCUCUACUAAAUCCUUUCAGCAAAAAUAUGGCAAUAUCGCGAAAUGAUCAAGUAUGACACAUAGAAUGGAUCUGCUAUUCCCGUUUAAAUAAAAAAAAAUCAUUUCAGUAGGCCUUUAAAGGAAACGGCAGGCUGCCUUCUUCUAAUGGAGUUAUUGCAAUCUUUGGCAAGCUAUGUAACGUUUACUGUGGUCUGGAACAACAUGGCACACAAACAACUGAAAUGCGGCCAAUAUUACAUACAGAUAAUGUGUCAUGAGACAUGCAAAACUAAAUUAUAUACAAAGAGGAUAAAGGUAAAGGAAAUUAAAUGAGCUCAAAUAUACCUACUAAUGAGGCAUAAUGAUGCAAUAUGUACAUACAGCUAGCUUAAAUAGCCUGAUUAGCACUCCAACAAGUCAAUAACAUCAACAAAACGCACCUUUGUGCAUUCCCGCACAGUAUAAAAGGCUUGGUGGACAAAAUGAGACAAAGAAGGAGUGGAAAAUUUUACAUGUAAACAAACUGUCCACACAAUGGUGAGUUCAAGAACCGCCAAAAUUACUAGGACAAAAGUAUCAGUGAAACAUACACACACACAUAUUAAACAGUGGGCUUUCUAACAAUUGGGAAGGUUUGUGUCAUGUUUGUCCUCAAACAAAAAACUUACUAAAACUAAAAACUUAAUUUUCCCCCAUCUUUUUCCAUUUUCAAUCCUUUUUUAAAAAUGCUCCAGGGAGCCACUAGGACGGCACUAAAGAGCCGCGGGUUGCUGACCCCCGUUCCAGAUGAAAAACAGCUAUGUAACGAAACAAACGUCGGCUAAAACCAAGUUCAGGAGAAUUUACUGUAAACCACAAGCACUUAAUAAGCAAAUGUUUAAAACAAGCAAAACACUCCAAGACCAGCAAUGUCAUUAAUAAGUCAAUAAAAUCAUAAUACGUGAGUAGAGUCAACUCUUUGCCGUUGGCUCAGUCUUUAAUGCGAAAUCAUUUCGAUCUUAUAUUUCUUCUUAGUAUUGAAAGAAACUAUUUGUAUAUACCGUCUGUGUUUUUAGAUCCUUGAGUUAUUUCACAUUAAUCCUAAAUGUACAAAAUACAAGAGUAUCUGGGACACUUUGAAAAGAGAAAAAAAUAGUCGUGUAAUUGACCCACAGGAACCCAGAGCCAUUUAAAGUGAUUUGAUGGUGGGUAUACCACAUACAAGACAAUACUACUAAUUACAUUGUUCCUGCUAAUGCAUUCCUUUUUUAAAAAGAACUUGACACUUUUUAAUGCACGGUAGCACAAAUGUACUUUGAUUUGAACAAAGAAGAUGUAUUGAUGAUAUCAUUGACAUGAGGUGUCUUAUUAGUAUUUUUAUGUCAGACUUUUUAUAGCCAUUUUAAAGGGGAACUACACUUUUUUGGGGAAUUUUGCCUAUCAUUCACAAUCCUUAUGUACAGUAAGAUAAGCACACGUAUGUUUUAAUUUCUAACUGGUCAAUAAAUGCGAAGUCUGCAUACAAUGAAGCCUAUGUAGUCGCUCUAUUCUGCUUUUAAAGCGCUUAAAAAAACAUUCAGACACUUCCAUCAACAUUUUAUACACACACUGUAAGUAUAUAUAUAUUAUACACAGUAACAGGCACAAUCAUAAUAACAUGUAAUAUUUACGUAUUUCGCAGCAACGCAUCACAACGUUGUCUUUUCCUUCAACAUCACUGAUUAUUACUCACUGCAGACUUCAUGCGAGCCUACAAAUAUAAUAAAACUUCACUUACUGUACAAUGUCUGCUGUCACAGGGAUGCCGACUGAUAGGACGUUGAUAUACUAAAGGGGGUGGAACAAAGCGUUUUUUUGGGGUCUUUUUUGCCAUUACCGGGUUUAAAUUGGCUGUCAAAGUUGACCAACUUCUCAGUUUAUGUCCACAUCAUUUUACUCUUCAGCUGAGAAACAUGAUUUAUAAUUUAGAAUUAGCGUUCACAAGCUCAAAGGCGAGAGAGCUGAUGAUGUCAAUACAGCAGCAUUAGGAAGUUGUGUCUCUCUGAUCAAUGCGCCGCUAAAUGUAGGUCCCUAACUUUAGCGCUUAUAAUAACAGUGUCGCUAAUACUUGGUUAAUACUGUAUGUAAAUAGAGUAUUGUUGGCGCUUAAUUUAUUGGGUUUUCUGGACGCAAUGAUGUCAUGGCUGUCAAUGGCACCAUUGUAAGUCGUUUAUUUACGAGUUUGAAUGCAUUAAAAAAGAAAAAUGUGUUCUCGUCACCCAUGGACUGUGAAUUAUAGGAAAAAUUCCCAAAAAGUGCAAUUACACUUUAAGGCUCAAAGUCCGAUAGCUAGCUUGUUUUCUAUGACUUUCUUUAAAAAAUAUAGUAAGAAGAGUUGAAUUGUAAAAUUUGACAACCUAUUAAAGCAUUGCACGUGCUAAAUGGAUUUAGAAUUAACAUUAUAGGCUCUGGUUUGAAAUUUGGCAUGUUCUUACCAGCUUUUUUCCCCUAUUAGUUUUUUGGUUUUUUUUCUUUUCAUGUGACCCUAAUACUCUAUGAAUGAAAUAAGCAUCCACCGACAAAAUACAGAAAUAAAAAUGUUAUUUAGGCACUUAUUUCCCAAGCACUAAAAGUAAGUUAGCACUUCAUUGGGGUCUUUAUGUCUGUUUAGGAUCACUUUCUGUAAAAGUCUGAAAGACUGACACAUUGAAAUUGGCACUUCAAAAAAAAAAAAAAAAAUCUGUCAAUGCAUUAAAAUUAUGUCAAAACCGACUAAAGUUGUAGUAAAAAAAAAAAAAAAAAGUAUUGUAUAAUGUGUGUCUGAAACCUUGACAGACCUCUCAGCAGUGUUACGUUAAACAGGAAUCACUUUCUAAAUUUGUAUUUGUUUCAAAUGUUGACUUAAGAAGGUGUAUAAGUAUGUUGUCAUGAUUAAGAGUAAUAAAAAAUGUAACUUUGUGCAUUUGUUUGAGCAUUCUAUUUCUAAUACAUGCAUCCUCCCUGUUCUCCAUGAGUAUACUGUAUCUGUUUUGUGAGUUUACUCCCUUAUAUAAAAUGAACGGUCCAUCAUUUUUGAUGGUAGUUUUACUGUAACAGAGAGAGACAAAAUGUUUGGAAAAUCCGGAAAGUCUUCCUCCGGCUCACUGUACUCUCAGGGCAUUGAAUCAAUCACUUGUGGAUUGUUCAGGUAGGUAGCUUAGAAGACGUUUAGCAGGGAAAUAAGUAUUUAACCAGCAAACAUUCUGACCUAAAUGAGUCCUGACCCUUCUAAAAAGUACUCAUGAUAUGCACCUGUCACAUAAACACUCUUCAUUUAAUUUAAACCUCUACCAUGGGCAAGACCAAAGAGCUGUCCUCAGGGACAAGAUUGUAGACCUGCACAAGACUGGAAUGGACUAGAACACAGGUGUCAAACUCAAGGCCCACUUCAUUUUAUUUGGUCCUCGAAACCCUGGAAAUAAAGUACUGUAACUUUUAUUACUAAAUGUAUUCUUUCUUUCUAUUUUGGGAGAAAAAAAAUACAUGUUCUCCAUGUAAUCGCAUGUUUUGUUAACUUAAAUAUUGUCCUAUUAUGCAAAAAUAUAUUAUCAAACAUUCAAACAAUUAUUUUUUUAAAUAAAUAAAUGCUAAUAAUAAUAAUUUCAAAGCAAGUUAUCCAUCAAAUUGUGCAAUGUAAAAGUAUCAAUAAAUUUCAUGGUAAAAUUUUAAAAUUUGCUGUGGUUUUUACAGCAGUACUUUUUUUACUAUAAUAAACUGUGGUGCCGUUUUGGC